CCCUUUCCGCUGACAAACAAAAUAUUAUCAGACUGAGCUAACUCACGUUUAACACAGUCACUCUAGAGGCUAGAGUAUCUUGUUCUAACAGCACUUUGGCGAAUUAAUCUACUUCUAGUGUACUAAAAUUUUGUUUGCGAUCAGUGAGGAUUUAGAACCUACAGUUUGCCCGAAAUUAUUAUUAAUGUUCGAAGAGAAACAAACGUGGUCGUGUUAGCUCGCUAGCUAACAUUAGCAGUGAUGGCAGAGCCCGCUCCACCGAUGUCAGUGCCUGUGCAAAGUCGAAAGCAACAUCGAGCUGCAAAGAGGAAGGAGAAAAGAAAACGGAAACGUCAAGCUGUUGCCCAAGCCAGUGAAUGUGGAUUAAAAAAUGGAGGAAGCUCUACACCUGAAGAAGGACUUGGUGAUGGAGAUGAGGAGAAUGAUUUGGCUGAGGAGGAAAGACUGCGGCUACAUGACGAGUGGCUGGAAAGGGAGAGGAUUGCUCAGGAGGAGUUCAGGCUGAAGUUUGAGAAGGAGGAGGCUGCAAGGAAGAGAAAAGAGGACGAGGAGCGGUUGAUAAAGGAGGAAUGGGAGGCUCAGCAGAGGAGAGAGCAAGAAGAAAAAGAGCAGAAACAGCAGGAGAAACGAGACAAAGAGGAGGCUGUUCAGAAAAUGUUGGACGAAGCUGAAACUCAGCUUGAAGAAGGCCGACCAUGGAUGAAUCCUGAGGCUCCAGUGAAGGAAAAAACUGAAAACUUUGGAACGGAGCGCGACGUAGCCAACUGUCCGUUCUUCCUCAAGACUGGAGCGUGUCGAUUUGGAGACAGAUGUUCUCGGAAGCACGUGUAUCCCACAGCCAGCCCAACCCUGAUGAUCCGCGGCAUGUUUACAACGUUCGGCUUGGAGGAGUCGUGCCGUGACGAUUAUGACAUCGAUGCCUAUUUGGAGCACAGCGAGGAAGACCUGCACGAGUCUUUCCUCGAGUUCUACCAAGAUGUCCUGCCAGAGUUUAGGAGUGUCGGCAAGGUGAUUCAGUUCAAGGUCAGCUGUAAUCAUGAGCCACACCUGAGAGGAAAUGUUUACGUUCAGUUUGACACAGAGGAGCAGUGUAAAGACGCUUUCAUCAGAUUUAAUGGGAGGUGGUACGCAGGCCGGCAGCUUCACUGUGAGAUAUGUCCUGUCACACGAUGGAAGAAUGCUAUAUGUGGGUUGUUUGACAGACGGACGUGCCCCAAAGGGAAGCACUGCAACUUCCUUCACGUGUUCCGAAACCCUGACAAUGAAUUCCGGGACGCUGACCGGGACCUACACUUGUCACCGGACCGCAGCGUCAGGGGAAGUCGCAGAGACGGAGCGUUCUCGGAGCGAUACGGAGACCGAUCGUGGAGACAGCGUCACAGCAGCAGAAGCCCACCGGGAUCAGAGAGAUCUCACAGCAGACGAGAGGAUGACCGGAGGAGGAGCAGGAGUCGAGAGAGGAGAGGCUCUCUCUGGGAGAGGGAGGAGAGAUGGUCGUCUAGAUCCAGACACAGUGACAGGAGGAAAGACAGGAACCUGGGCAGAGACAGAGUGCGGAGCAGGAGUCGAGACAGAUUGCGGAGCAGGAGUCGAGACAGAGAGCGGAGCAGGAGUCGAGACAGAGAGCGGAGCAGGAGUCGAGACAGAGAGCAGAGGCACAGGAGUAGAGACAAAGACAGGGAGUCCAAGUGUAGUGACGAUCGAGACAGAGAUGAAGUUGAUCGCAGAGAAUCGAGAAAACGGUCAAGGAGCACAAGUACAGAGAGGGAAAAUAGACAAGAGAAAAGUAAAGAAUUAAGCCCCAAAAUACCAGAGAAAAGCAGCAAACACUCCCGCCACAAACGUUCGAAAAAGAAUAAGAAAAAGAGCAAGAAGAAGCAUAAGAAGAAAAACCAUCUGUCGGAAGCAUCCGCUUCAUCAGGAGAAUCAGACAAGGAGUCAGAGGAAGAGACCAAGAAUUGUCCUCCCAGUGGACAGACAAACGAAACAGAGCUUAUCGCUAAGAACGGUGAUGUAGAUGUGAACGUUGAUACAGAUUCAGUCCCGACUGAACAACCGAUAACUAAAAUACUAACAAGUCAGCCAGAAACUGCGACAUAGUGUUAAUGCACAUAUGAAUAUUUUGCUUUGAAAUCUGUGGCACCACGAUUGUUGUUCCCCAAGAGUAAAAACAAAAAAAGCAAAGAAAA